AUGGAGGAAAAGAGAAGAAGCAACUGUGGUGAGGGCUUUUCAGUUCUGGUGGUAGAUCAUGACACAACCUCUCUCAUGUUACUAACAUCAAUGCUACAACUAUUUUCCUACCAAGUGACAACAACUGAAGUAGAAUCAGUUGCAAUAUCCCUGAUUGAGGAAGCAAAAGACAGAUUCAAACUUGUUAUGGCUGAUGUUAAUAUGGACGACGUCAACAGUCUUUCAUUUCUAAGGAAAUUGCUUAAGAUGAAUAUCCCCUUCAUAUUGAUGUCCAAGGAAAAAGGUCAUAAAGCUGCUGAGAAAGCUGUUGCUUACGGGGCAAGUUUACAUCUGGAGAAGCCGAUUUCCAAGCAUGAUCUUAAAUACCUUUGGCAAUAUGCGUACGGAAGGCCUGCUAAAAGAGCAAAAUAUUUGCAUGGCAAUGAGUUGAGGACAUAUGAUCCCAACAAGAAUGUGGGUGAGAGAGAUGAACAGAAGAAGAUGUUGAACAUCAUGCCGCCGACAGAGAAGAAGCCUCGUCUUCUUUGGAAUGAGGAGCUCCACCAAAAGUUUAUAGCCGCCAUUACUGCAUUAGGCUAUGCCAAUGCUCGCCCCAAGUCAAUAUUAACUAUGAUGGAUGAGCCUAAUUUGACACAACGCCAGGUCGCUAGCCAUCUGCAGAAACAUAAGGAACACAUGAAGCGUUUAAUGUCCAAAGCUAGCCCCAGUGAGCUAGUGUCGAAUGCCAAUGCAUCUACAAGCAUUUAUGGGAAACCAGGAUUCUUGUACAUGCCGCAGGGGUACUACUCAGUCUUGAGUCAACUAGGAGGUCACACUCACAAAUAUUUGAACGACUCAGUUGCAGGCACUUGUCAAUUUUCAUAUCUGCCUCAACAUUCAACUGCUGAUCAUUUUAGCUCAGAAUAUCAUAAUGAAGAGACUCUACAAUUUCCAAACAUCUUGGAAUCUAUGCAUGAGAAGCAGAACAUUAUUCCAGGUCCAAGUCCUAGUGGGAAUUUGGUGUAUGAGAAUCAUAAUUGGGAGCCAUGGACUGAAGCGGCACGAGGGGUGGCAGAGGCAGAGAUAGGUGUUGGGAAUGCAGCAGGUGGGGUUACGUGGAACCAACAGUCACCGGAGUUGGCUCAGUUGUUGAAACAUCUAGAGGAGGAGGGAGAUGAUUGUGGAGAUUGUGCCAACCAACCACAUCCAGAUGCGGUUGAUCAAUUCUGUGAAUGGCUAAAGGAAGCCAUACAAGGAAAUGAUAAUAAUCCUUAG